AUGGAGUCUAUUCCUCUCGUUCAGAAGGAUGACGAGGAUAAGAAACAGAAGAUAGAUUUUCACCACCAGCUGGAGAGGACAUUGUCGAAGGCAGAGAAGGGUGCAAAGAUGGCCGAGGCCUACCGUUCUACCCUACAACCCCGGCGACUUCCAAAUAGGAACUGGCCUCGGUCGUUGGGACAACGGUGUGCCAGUAGGGUCACUGCGACUAUUAACGAAUUCGGGAAGUUUGAGUGGACUUGCCAUGCAAUCAGCCUCAGGAAACAGAUCUCUGAAGAGCGAACCAACAACGAUGAAGUGUGUCUUUGGCCAACGGAGUAUGGUUCUGAUGGAGAAUUUACCAUCGGUAAUUUUGAUGAACCCAAUUCGCUCAUUUGGCCUUCUUUAGAAAUACUCGAUCUGAAAGCCAAGUCAUCAGACUAUGACAAGAAGAGUGUCUGCCUGGAAGACACAGAAACUAAAGCUCCUGGGAGUCUCGGUCCAGUUUUGCAAUAUGCGUUGAAAUAA